AUGCCUGUGACUGGAAAGGAGUCCGACCAGCGUCACGCCAUCCAAGCAUUGACUGUGCAAAGAGAUCCAACUGCGCCUCUAACUGACAGAAGCUCAUCCAGAUUUACCCGGGCAAUAUCCAUCAGUGUUGGAAAGAGCUUGACCAGCAACACUUCACCACCUUCUGUAAGCAGCGUGCUCAGUGUACCAGUCCAUCAUCUCGAUAAAGCGUCAGUUGUGGGCUUGGAACGUGCGGCGAGGAAACUUGAGGUCAAUGGUCAUGUACCGGACACCGGGGGUAGACGCAUGAUCAUGGGAAGUACGAAGAGGCCACACCGGACUUCGUGUGGGCUAGAGUAUCCUCUUUCGGACCAAAGACGUAGUUUGCAGAUUGCUUGGAAGAUGGGCCAUUCAACUGCCCUUGGUUGGGUUCUUUUGUUUAUUAUCGCCUUCGAGCAAGAGAUAUUCGGCAUUGUGGUUGAGAGGAAGCCAUUGGAAGACAUGAUCCUUCAGAUAGGUUGUUACUGGUACCGUUACUGGUACCAGUAG